UCAGUGUUGCUCUGACUCGGAGCGAGUAAGGUUUGCGGUUGCACCUGUUAUAUCCUUUUUGACUCUUGACAUGACAAGGAUUAGCGGCUUGUGAUUAAGGAAAUAAUAAGCCAAUGUGCAGUGAUAAGAGAUGAAAGAUUAACAGUGUUUUGUGAAUUAGUAGGUAAAGCUCUACAAUAGAAUAUGGCAGAGUCUGACAAUCAUGGGGUAACCAUGGAGGAACAGUCAAUUGAUGAUGCUAAGAAUCCAGGACAACAAGAGUCAGCAUAUGGUUCCUUGGAGUCCAGUUCCCAAGGCCCAUCUCAGAAAAGUUACAGUGGGAGCAAGAGCCUCAAUAGUGGAUCCAGUCACAGUAGUGGCUUUGGCGAUAAUGCUGACUUUAGUGAAAACAGAUUGAAAGAAGUCAAGCACAAAGACCACAGAAGGAAAAAGUCAAAAGAGAAGCCUGAUAAAUUGCUGCUUAAGGAGAAGACAGAGAAGUGUACCAAAGAAGAAAAUGAUAAGGAGAGGGAGAAGACAAGAACAGGAGAGCAUGAUCCCAGACUGACUAGUGAGACAGCCAGCAGUGUUGCAACAGGUAUUGAAGAAAGCACGUCAACAUUUAACUGCCACAGUAAUGAUGGGGAAGAAAGGGCUGACCAACCAACUCUAGUGUAUACUCAAGCUCUUAAUUAUAUUAGAAAGAUAAAGGAACGGUCUGCAGAACAAGGUGUUCCCUUUGCUAGUCGAGAGCUUGUGCAGCUACCACAGGACACCCAUGAUGUGGCUGCCUUCCUAAAGAGCUUUAAAAGUUCUCGUGGCUUUACAGUUGCCAUCAGUGUUCAGGAUGGUACAGUACUCCAGGUUUCACCGGCCAUUACUGAUGUCCUCGGUUUCCCGAAAGACAUGCUCAUUGGACAGUCAUUCAUUGACUUUGUCUACCCUAAGGAUUCAAUUAACUUAUCAUCCAAAAUCAUUCAUGGAUUAAAUAUGCCAUUCAGAUCUGAAUCACUCAAUGAUAAUUAUGGUACAUCAUUUUACUGUCGGAUGCGUGUAUAUCAUGGUCUGAAGACUUCAGGUUUUGCAGUACGCAACAAACGCACCCAUUAUAAGCCAUGCAAGAUGAUAUUGAAAUUCCAUGAUGCUUCGUGCACAGAUGAGACUGCAUCAACUUAUGGACCCAACUCCUCUCUUCUGCUGGCAGAAGUUAUCCCUGUAGAAAGUGUUUACACCGUACCUGAGGAGACGCCAGCAAUGGGCUGCUUCAGCAUUCGCCACACUGCUUCAUGCAACUUCUCUGAAUAUGACCCUGAGGCCAUUCCAUAUUUGGGUCAUCUGCCUCAAGACCUGACAGGCAAUUCAGUCUUUGACUGCUAUCAUCCACAAGACUUGCCUCUUCUCAAGUAUGUUUAUGAAGAAAUGGUGAAACAACAGGGAAAGCCCCAUAGAAGUAAACCAUAUAGGUUUCGAGCCUUCAAUGGAAGCUACGUUACUCUUCAAACGGAAUGGCUUUGCUUUGUUAAUCCAUGGACAAAAAGAAUUGACUCCAUUAUUGGUCAGCACAGGGUGUUGAAAGGUCCCAGUGAUAUUGCAAUAUUUUUAGAUCCAGGAGAUAAGAUUCAGUCUCCACUACCAGAAGAAGUCAUGAAGGAGGCACAGAAAGCACAAAAAGAAAUAAUUGAAUUAUUAGCAAAGCCAGUUGCUACAUACAAAGACCCGAGCAAAGCACCACAGGAGAUGCGGAGAAGAACUCUGGCUCACAUGAUGAGCUCCAUUGUAGACGAAUUAGACAGUAUGGAAAAAAAUGGGAAUAAUACUGCCGAGAAAAAUGCUGCACCACAGAAAUUGAGCAGCCAGCAGCCUCUCAGUGUGGUAGUGAUGCCUAAUCAACCAAGCACAUUUCCCACCAAUCAGGAUCAAGGCUCAGUCGUUAUGGGGGAGAUCUCCCCUCAUCAAGAUGAUCGUUGUUAUGAAUCCAACCCCUCUACUUCCACUCCAUCCAGCUACAGCAAGCUCAACUACGCUGAAACCCUUCAGAGAUUCUUCCGAAGCCACCCAAAGACGGCUUCCUCCGAUGAAAGUGGUGACAGCAAAAUGGAGGUAUCACAUUCAGGAAGUUUAGAUGGCAAGAGUAGCUACCAUCCUGCCUUUUCUUUGUGUGAUGGUUCAGGAAACCACAAGCAGUUGAAGACGCUUUCGCACUCACAGACACUCUCACAGUCCCAGUCCGGUUCGGGUUCGGGCGAUAACUGUGAUCAUACCAGAAAAUCAGAAAGCACAGGAAAUGGCAGCAGAGAGAUGGGUAGAACGUCAAGUGAUGGACGUUCCUACUGCCAUAUCCAGCUGACAGAAGAAGUGCUCUCUAGACAUAAUGCUGACAUGCAGAAGAUCUUCAUGCAGCGACAGCAAACUGGUGGCAAAUCAUUCAAGGACAAAUAUAAAAUGAAAACAGUGAAAAAGCCGACAAAGAGGCCUAUUGAACGUACUGUGGGCAUGAAGAGAUGUGGUGGCAUUGUGGAGAAUGAAGCAAGUGUGCACAAACAACCAUUCCUUGCACCUCCUGCAGCAGCUUCCAGUUCUUCCCUCAAGCCUUCCUCUGCAGAUGUGUGGAUAUCAGCAGAUAAGACUCACAUUCCGACCUCUGGGUCAGCUGGAGGAGCUGUAGGUGCUGUAGGAGCAAGCACUGCUCAUGGAGGUACUAUAACAGCACCAUCAUAUCCAAGCAUUGUGCCUGGAUUUUACUUUCCUGCAAGUGCAUCCAGCAUGUCAUCAUUGCCUCCAGUUGAUAAUUUAAACAUUUCUCAAGCACCUGGGCCUUCCCUUGUCAUACCUCCACAACAGCCAGCUUUUAUACAACCUCAAGCCCCUUCUCAAGAAAUCCAUGUCAACUACAUGCAAUUGGGUGGUCUUCCUGCUUCUGCCCAUCAGUGGAUUAACUGUAUGACUGUGCCUCUUCAGUACAUGAGUGCCAUUCCUGGGGUGAUGUACCAGACUGUUGCACCACCACUCUUCAAUGCUCCUCCUCUUAUGCUACCUAAUGUAGUCUACCAGCACACUACGGUUCAGCCACCUCUAGGACAAAUUCCAGUUCUACUUUCUGAUGGAGAGAAGCGUUCGGGAGUAGACAGUGAACAUGAGCAACUGGAGCCCAACUCACAGUCAGCUAAGCAGAACUUUAAUAUCAAACAAUGUGCUGCUCACCUGCGCCGGCCAGACUCCCAGGCUACGUCAGUUAAAGCAGAACCUGGCUCAGCGCGUGGCAGCACUGCCUCUGCCUCGGGCAAGAUUAUUAGUUCACAUUCACACGUUGCUGAAAGUUUACGCUCCUUUGUGGAAGAUACAGCAAUAUUGUCUCCUGGCUGCAUGCCCAAGGAUUCUGAGAUGAACUGUGACUCAUCACAGGUAUCGCAGUUCUCACAGUCGACUAGUGUCCAGGCAGAGGCUGAAAGCGUCGGCUCACCUGGGAAGCGAGACAAGAUGGCACUUGAAGAUCGUGAGCAACAUCAUGAAAAUUCCAGUGAUAUGGUGCUGUCUAUAACGAGUUCAUCCUCAUCACUCAGAGAAUACAAGUCUACUGAUGAUAGCAUGCAAAAUGUGUCGGAAAAUUUUGAUAAUAGUGAGGCCUCAUCAUCUGGAAUGAAAUGGAACAUACCACGAUCCAAGUGCCAACGUCCAGUGUUGAAUGACCCGCCAUGGUUGGAGGAUGUGAAAGUCACACCAGAGCUGUUGUACAAGUACCAGCUGGAGACCAAGGAACUAGUUGAUGUUCUCAGGCAAGAUAUGGACAUGCUCAAGAGAAUACGACAGCCUGCUUGGGUGGAUGACCAACUAUCCUCACUGUACAACGAGCUGGAGCUGGAGGGUUCCAGUGCAGACUUACAACUGGAUGAUGGUGUUACUUCAUCAUCUGGAGAAGACCAAGCUGGCACCUCUGCACAGAUUCGGCAAAAUAAAAAAAAUUAG